AUGUGGGAACGCUUGGCACAUGGAGAAAAUGAUGCUGCCUCACACCUGACUCGAGCCAGCUUCCAAAGCUGGGGGAAAAAAAAAAACGUUGAUAGUUUUCUAUACCAUGUGAAACACCCUGUCCUUGUGUACCGCAGAGGGAACCCUGGGCCCUUUUAUUUUGUUUUGAGACGCGGUGUCACUAGGUUGCCAUGCAGGCUUCCAACUCGUGAGCUUCUGGGCCUCCUGAGCAGCAGCGGCCGGGCAAGGGCCGCCCUCCCUGUCAGGAGCACCAAGGGAUUCAAGGUGUCCCCGGAAUGGGGUCGCGGCUCACUGCUCACUGCUCUGCCACCCACAGCUUACACAGACUUCUUCCUGCCACUGCUGAGUCGCUGUCCCGCUGCCAUGGGGAUAAAGAAUAAAGACGGGGAGACGCCCGGGCAGAUUCUGGGCUGGGGUCCCCCCUGGGACUCCGCCGAGGAGGACGAGCAGGACGAAGACGAGGACGAGGCUGCCAAGGAGCGCGCGUGGCGGCAGAAGCUGCAGGGCGAGCUGGAGGACGAGUGGCAGGAGCUCGCGGGGAGGUUCGAAGGUGAGGCCCCGCCCCCGCCCCUGACCCCGCCCAGGGCCAUGGCCGCGGCCCUGGUGGCCCGGGGGCCGCCCUCGGAGGAGCGGGGCGCCCUGCGGCGCUACCUGCGGGAGCAGCAGGUACGCUGGCACCCCGACCGCUUCCUGCAGAGGUUCCGCGGCCAGAUCGAGCCUCGCGAGCUGGGCCGCGUGCUGGGCGCCGUGACGGCCCUGUCACAGGCCUUGAACCGCCGCGCGGAGGCCCUCAAGUGACCCUUGCGCGGGCGGGCGCUCCGAGCAAGCCUGGCUCGCGGGCCUGCGCCGGCGCUUCUGCCUUUUUCCAUCACUGGGGUUUUCACCCCCAUGACAUCUUUGCCGCCGCCCGCCCGCCGAAAGCCGCAGCUCCUACACUCCGGCCGCGCUCCCGGCCCUGCCUGGCUCCCUCUGCACUGGCCUGCGUGGGGGUCCUGCCCACCCUACCCCGCAGUCUGCGGCUGGAGGGAGAGCUGCGAGCAGAGGCGAAAGGGGAACAGCACCAGUUCCCUCCCGCCCCCCAGGCAGAACCACAUCCUCCUCCCCACUAACACCCCCUGCGCCCCGCGCAGGGCUUUCCCUCUGCUGAGUCACUGAAUGCACCAUGUUGAGGGUAGCUAGUGUUGGGGGCACCGUGCAGAGGCUGGGGGCGGUCGGUCAGGAUGGAAUCAGGCUGGAGGAAGAGCCCUGCGAGGGAAGAGAAUUUCAGUUGCUAAAAUUAGCAGCUGGGGAAGCAGGCGGAAAGAGCCAAAUUAUGUAACCUGGGUUAUCUAGUCUGAGGCAACCAGAGGCCCACGCCCUCCAACACCUCGGGGCCCAGGCACCAUCCGAGGCUGGCUCCUCCAUCCACCUUGUGCCCCACCCCGAACCUAGGCCUUCCCUCAAACGUCUCCUUCCCCAGGAACUGGUAGUGGAGGGCCUGUGGGCUGGAGGGAGAGGGCCUGGGAUUUGCAGAAAAGAGGAGGCCACAUUCACCCGCUGUUCAGUCUUGGCUUCUACUCCGGCUGCUCGGAAGCAGCGGAGAACGUGGCCUGAGCCCUGGGACAGAGCUCAGAGAAAGAAAGGGCAGAGUGAGGCGCCUCAUAGAGUGCGAGCCACAGCAGAGGGUCUUCCUAAGUAGGCCCCAGACCAGGUUUCAUGGGAGGGCCCGGCAGCGCCUGUAGAAGCUGAUGGACAGGAUGGGGUGGGAACGAGGCCCGUGGAGAAUUCAGCCUGCAGGUGGGAGAGGCCGGACUGCAAGGACCAGGCUGCUGUGGGGUGUGGGGAGGGCGCUGAGAGCAUCCUGGGAGAGGAAGCUGCUACGAUUCGAUUCGGAGAAGAGGCUUCACCCCACAGCCGCCCAGGCGUCCGGUUCCUCUCACAGGCCGGAGGUUUCGGAAGUGGCAUGCAAACAGCCUGGGUUCCAGCUGGGGGAGUUGGGGUUCAGAUCCCUGAACUGAGUGGGGGCUGAAAAGUAGGCAGAGGAAAGCAGGGUCCAGAUUUGCCCCUCUGCCCAGGAGACCCUGUGGUUUGUAGUCACAUAAUUUCCCCUUCUACAAGGGUCUCACAAAACCAAAGCAAGAUAGGCCCCCAGACCCUUUUCCUUAACAUCCCCUGCUGCCGUCUGGCCCCCAGCCCUGUGGGGGUUCCCCAGAGAUAAAGGCUGCUCACUUUCUCUGACCACACA